GUGGAGUUAUUUACCCAAAACCACCACACUUGGGGCUAGGGUAACCCGUCAGUACCACAUUUAAGCCAUGUCACAAAAAACCACCAACUCUGUGACUAAUCGGUACCGCGGAGCACUGACUGGCCGUUUUAGCCGCGGAAACAGCGAAACCGACAGGUCGGGCCCACCUGUCGGGUCGACGCGGCGCGGGCUGACGGACGCCGUUAGACGGAGGGGGACGGCCGUUUCCGCGCCCGUGUAUUAGGUCACGCCCCUGCCGUUUCGUCCUCCAAUCCCCGAUUCAGUUUCCCUCCCGCGCGUUCCUCCCGCUCUGCUCAUGGCGACCAGCUCCGGCGGCGGCUAUGGCGGAGAAGGUCUCGACGGCUCCGGCGGCGGUGGUCAUUCUUCCGGUGGCCGCUGCCCGCAAUGCGACCCCGUUGGCAAGUUGGGCCCCAACCCCGAUGGCGAUUCACACUCGACGGUGGAUUGGGGGAAAGAUGUCCUGCCGCCACCGUCGCAGCAUGCGGAGGAGGCAGAGAAGGAUGUUGCGGACGCGGAGAAGGCGUCAGCGGCGGCUGAUUCGUUGGGGGAGGAAGUACCCCCCGGGCAUCCAUCUCCACCCAGGCCUGAGGAGCCAUGGUCAUUAUAUUUUCAGUUUCCUUCUAAAGAUGCUGCCAAAAAAUAUGCCCUUGUGAAGAUGUAUGAGAGAGACAUCACUUAUGGCAAUUUGCUUAAUGUGAUGGUCAGAAAUGGAUAUGGAAGUGAUGACAGUAUUUGCUACUUGAGGAAGGAUUGCACAGGGCUGCAAGGGAUUACUUUCGUCAGAAACAACACUGAAGUGGAUGAGAUGAUAAAGCGGUUUAAAAAUAGUCAGACACUGUGUUUGUAUGUUAAAGAGGGGAAAUUAGAUAUAAAGCAAGCAUCAGUUAACAAAAGUGCAGAAGAUGAAGAAGUGGACCCAGAUGAAACAAUUGAAGAUUUAACAGUGGACCCACCAGUUGUAUUUGCUGUUAAUGAGUCAGGUGUUGUGCACAAAACAAACACUGAUCAUGUUGGCUCAUCAUAUUUUCUUGGUACAUAAGAAAGUGUGAACUAUAUGCCAAUAAAAUCAGUUCCUCCACCAUGCCAGUUAUUGCU